GCCUCCAGCCUCGGGCGCGCGACGGCCCGUCGCGGCGCCCUCAGCCGCGGGGCCCUGGAGAGCGCCCGACGCGACGACCGUCGUCGGUCGAGUGGGCGCCAGCAUGCGCGGGCUCCGGUGCUGCCAGUUCUGGAACAGUCCCUGCUCGAGCAGAGCGUGGUGCGUUUGCUGCAGCAGGUGAGGUACCACGAGAUGGUCCAGGCCUUCAUCGAGUGGGCCCGCAGCGCGGCGCUCCCGCUCAGCACAGUGGCCGAGCUGGAUCACGCGGUGGUGUCCUACCGCGACCUCUUCUUCUACGGCGAGGUCGUGGACGAGGCCUCGGCUCGGCUGGCCGACCUCGUGUUCUGCGAUCCUCGAGUCACUCGCAGGACUCCGGAGCCGCCGCGGGCGCGCCGGGCGCUGGAUGGCUCUGGAAAGCUAGCGCCGUCCCGGGCGAGGCCCCCCUUGCCGUGGAAGGUGGUGGCGCUGCAGAUCGUCAAGAUGCAAGCCCUCGGCCACUUCGACGCGGCCUGGCUGACGCUGUUGAACUUAUUGUUCUACUGCCGCCCGUCGGAGCUGCUGCGCGCGCGCUGCCGCGACCUGGCGGCGCCGCCCCGCUGGGGCCCCGCUGCCCUUCGGAAGCGGAGCGCGCUUCUCAACCCGAUCGAAGGCGGCGCCCCGAGCAAGACCGCCGUGUUCGACGAGAGCCUGCUUCGCGACAACGCGGAGUUCCUCUGGGUCAGCCGCGUCUUCGAGGCGAUCAAGGCCCGCGGCAGUCUAGACGACCUCAUCGUCGGGUUGACCUACCCGCAGCGGCGCGGUCACUUCCAGCAGGCGGUUAACGCGCUGCCGAUCGAUGCCCUGCGGCCCGCGCCCUUGCACCAGCUGAGACACGGCGGCGCCGACCACGAGAUCCUCGGGGGCGGGCGCGACAUCGCCGGAGUGAAGAAGCGGGGUCUAUGGCAGUCGGACUCGCCCCUCCGCCUGCACGUCAAGGCCGGCCGCCUGGACGAGCAGUUGCAGCGGCAGCUAGACAACCGCGCUCAGGAGGCGGCCGCGCG